GGUUUGGAGGUCGUCGUCCCCCCGACGUCCCACAGAAUUCAAAGUCAAGUUGAGGCUGAAGAAAAAGCCGAACUCUCUACUACACUAAGCCCCGCCCCCUCUGGAUUACAAGCCUCUCCCCACCCUCCCCCCUUCUGUGUCCCACUAAGCGGUUUCGGAGCGUGAAGGGACUCGUCCCUACAGCCACGGAUGCACGGUGCAACAUGGCGACAGAGUUUCAUAACCUGCAGGAGUUGAGGCACAGUGCAUCUCUGGCCAACAAAGUAUUCAUUCAGAGAGACUACAGUGAAGGAACCACCUGCAAGUUUCAGACCAAGUUCCCAUCUGAGUUGGAGAGCAGGAUCGAGCGAACGCUGUUUGAGGACACCGUGAAGACGCUGAAUAACUAUUAUGCAGAGGCAGAAAAGAUCGGAGGACAGUCCUACUUGGAAGGGUGUCUGGCCUGCGCUACAGCAUAUCUCAUUUUCCUCUGCAUGGAGACACGUUAUGAGAAGGUGCUGAAGAAGAUUGCCAAGUACAUUCAGGAGCAGAAUGAGAAGAUUUAUGCUCCCAGAGGUCUCCUUAUCACAGAUCCUAUAGAAAGGGGAAUGCGUGUUAUAGAGAUCUCCAUCUAUGAAGAUCGGGGCUCCAGUGGCUCCAGCUCAGGAAGCAGCUCUGUGUCCGGCAGCACUGCUCGAUGACUGGAUACUUCCUAAACCUGCGUCCACCUGAUCACUCACAACCGUGAAGGAAAACCUAGGAUAUAAUACGACUCCUCUUCCAACACCAAACACCCCCUCAGCUACGCUCACACAAAGUAUUCACUAGUUUUUUUUCCCAUCAUGUCCUUAACCUGUUCACAGUAGACACUUGAAACACGCACUUUAGUGCUUUAUUACGAAAGAAAUGUGCAGGUGCUGAUGCACUUUUGCUAAGAUGUAAUGUCUCAAUGAAAAGGAAGAAAAGAUGCAGCUAGUAAUGCUUUGUGUGAUCCCACCAUUUCUCUCCUUCCUGUCUGAUUUCAAGAUAAAAGGGACAAAGUGCUGAGACCAAACCUCAUACCUCAUCUGCUGUCAUUGCACCACGUAGGCCAGAUCAACCUGGGCUGCACCCCCAAAACACUGGACCAAACACAAGACUAGACUCCAAAUUCAGCACCUCUUCCAAAUCGGCUCUAAAUCAUGCUGUCUGGCAGCAGAUGAAUGUCAUAUAAGUCAUCCUUAAUGUAGCAGAUCCUCCAUAUUUCUGAUGAAGCUUGUAUUUCCUUUUUAAAGUCACAGCCACAAAUCCAAGUACUAACCUCUUGGUUUCACUGAGCGAGAGCAUCUCUUCCUAAAUUUAGAUUAUGCAAAGACUCGUUGUGCGUGAAGCGCAGCAGUAAGUAAAGAAGGGAUGGGUCAAAAAUGUCUUCCUAAAUUAUACCUGUAAGUGUUUAUGAAAAUACACCAACCCUUCCUUGCUUUAUGAACAGACUUCCAAAGAAAAAUAACUGCCAAAAAACAAACAAACUGGCUCACAAAUGUGAAUGUUUCUUUUAUUUUGGUGACAUUUUGUGAAGAACAAGUUUUCAUACUGCUUAUUGUUUUAAUACACAUGGUAGAAAUGACUGGCGUCAAAUAAACAGUUUCAUCACAGCUCCAUCGAGCUCAUUGUUCUUGUAUUAUCUGUAUUAUACAAAUAUAUGAAAUCAGUGUUACUCAUAUUAAGCAUUUAAAUGAUUACAAACAUAUAAGAAAAGGCUCAGUACUUAAUCUGAGCUGCUUGUUGGCCAUCAACAGAAAAAGAAAUUUUCAUGUAAACAAGCAAGUGCAACGUUAUAAAUACCUCCCAGGGAUCCAUAUUUUCCUCCCUUUUUCUGUGGUUGCCAAUUUUCCUCUCUGCCUUAGAGUGUCAUCAUUUAGAUUGGGUAUAAAAAUCUUUCUAGUUGAACCUGCCCCAUUCAGAUGUGAUGGAAGGACACCGAUUAUCCAAACAGGAACACAGAAGAGCAGCUGCUAAAUGGAAGUUAGCAAAUAUCAAAAGCAGCACUGGUUAACAUUUCUGCAUUAAUACUCUCAGCAUGGAAGGUGAAGAGGAUUGCUCAUAGCAACGCCUACGGAUGACAUACUGGCCGUGUAGUUCCUCUGAGCUCCACAGUUUUCAGUACUUGAUCAAAUCUUUAGUCUGAAAUUCCAAGUGCUUUGUUUCAGUGUCAAAGCUCUCACUGAGUUAUCAAUAAUGCAUUAAAGAGACAGUAAACAAACAAAGCCCAAAUCAGUGAUAAUGUAGCUGCUGGAUGUGUCACUUUAACUCAAAGGUAAUGUUGUGUACAGCUUGUUUGACAUGUCGGUAUGCUUGGAGUUUAUUAUAAAAAUAUUUGGUUUAAUUCUUUAGCUUGACAGUAACAUGAUCCGUAAAUCAGUGUAAAAGACAACAAUAUUAAACAUCAUUAAGUCUUAAAUUUACUGGACACGGACACCAUUUCCAAACAAACCAAAAAUGUAUAAUUUUUGCAGCCCUUUUUUUUCUAAAGGCAUUUUGUCUUCACAGCUUGC